ACUUGAUAUAUGAAGAAAAGAAGAAAUUGAACCUGAUACCAAUUGCCAGCCCACGUAGCGCCAUCUCCAGUGAUGAUGCCAAAGUGAGUUACGAGGUUGACAAUUAUUGCGGCUAGGUCUUCGUAUUUGCAUUGUAUUGAAUCCGUUGUUUAUAUACAACAAAGGCUGAAAUGCAGAAACAGCCAGAGUGUAAGUGGAGCAGUGAUGUAUUUGAUGUGUCAGCUUUCAUCAUUCGUCAGAGAAGUUUGAUUUAUGAAGAAAAGAAGAAAUUGUGGAUGGUAGAGAGUGAGAAUCACACAGCGCUAGAUAAUUUAACAAUUCGCCACCCCGAAUCUUAAAGAUCCGUGGAACAGAGACUUGGCUUCAGGUGCAGUAACAUAUGUUCGAGAGAAAGUGAAAAUCUUCAACAGUCGAAGGUCCAACUUGCAAUACCAAUGUUAAGCAUAAAUUAAAAGCUAUUCUUUCAUUGUUCACGGAUGCUGAAGUAAUAUAGUAAAAAAUAAAACACCAAGAAGAAUAAUUUAGAACAAAAAUCAAAGCAUUGCUGUCACAUUCAUUACUAAGCAGUUAGAUCGUAAAAUGGUUCGCUAUGGAGAAUAUUCACCCCUGAACCCAACUUGCAGAACAUCUAGCAAGCUGCUUCUGGGGAUUGGGGAGUAUGAUGAAAGGAAGCGCUUAUUAGAAGAAAAAAAGAAGCAGGAACAUAAACAGGUCCGCCCAGCUAGAAAAGAAUGCUCCCAACCAUCCAGUAUGCAAAAUUAUAUUGCGCCUGCUGCCCCAAAAUUCUCGUCCUCUGUUGCUGAUAAAUCUGUCCAAGUUGAAUGUGAUGCUGCCAAUGAUCAGAAUAAACUUCGUCGUACAUAUGUUGAUCAGUGUGUACAGGUGACUGAACCACCAGCAGUGGAUAUUCGCGAAGAUCUAUUGAAGGAUGACUAUGGAAUUCCGUACAAAAGCAAUCCAAAAAGAAAAUAUAUCGGUGGACUUCACGAUUUAGAAGUUGCUGCAGAUGAAAAGCUGAGCCUCAAUAUUGAAGACAGUACUGUAAAGAAUUCCAUUGAUUUUAGCAUGCUGAGCCCUAGAGAUAGGAGACUGAUGGAAUUUUGUGGCAGUGGCAGUUAUAACCCAAGCUUUUAUGAGAAGUGGAAAUCUCCUACAAGAACUGUUGCUGAAAAGGAUGCUGGUUUAGCUGCAGAGCACAUAUAUGGCCAUAUGGCUACAGAACAGCUAAGAAAGCGAACAUAUCAAGAGGAAUUAAGGAAACAAAUUGAAGAAAAGCGGCAACUGGAAGCACAGCAAAGGGAAAAAGAAAGAAGAGAGGAGGAAAUUAUUCUGAAAAGAGUUGAACAGCAGCAACUUAGAAUGAAAUUAGAAUUUGAAAGAGAGCAAGCUCAACGCAGACACAAAGUAGAGAAGCGAAUGCAUCAGUUUGAGUCGUGUAAGUCCAGCAAUGAACAAGACAACUGUACACUGAAAAGUAGCAGAUCAAAUAAUGAGAACCAUACUAAAUAUGAAAGCUCUUUGCCCACAAAAAUUGAAAAAAUUAAACAUUUGCCUCAGGGAGUGACAGACAAUGCAGAUUUUUCAAAUGAAUGUGACAGUGCUUUUAACAUCAUUGUAGAUAAUAAUAAUGGCAACUAUGUAUCAGUUCUUGAAGUGUGUCAAACACAAGAUAUUUCAAAUAACACUAGAGAUGGAUCGAAGUAUAAAAAAACUGAAAGACCUUGUUGGACUGAAAGAAACUGUGCUCCUGGUGCUACAGACAGUGACAUAACACAUGUACCUGACAAUUUAGGCUGUAUCAAACAAAACUCAUCUCAGGAAACAAGUAUGGGCCCUUCAGAAACUAGUGUGGAGGAUUCUUGCCAAUUUUCAUUAGCAAAAUUGUCUUUCAAUCCGGAGAUUUCCUCACAUGUAAGAAUGGAUACAGAGACUGCACAAAGGAAACGUCCAGUACCAACUCCAAGAACUAAAUCACUCAGUAACAGUUCCAGAACUAUCAGUAAUUCUGCACCCAAGUUACCUAGUGACCAGAGCCAGAUCUACUCAACAGCAGUUACGGCUGAUAAAGAAAAUCUUAAUGAUUCACUACCAAUUCCAAUACUAGAAGAGGCAAAUAGUUUUGGUUAUGAUAGCAGUGAAACUCCAGGUACUGAUAAGGUGAAGAGUGCAGCACUGUUGAGAACUGAAGCCAAAUGGAAGAUUCCUGCUGUUCAGAAGAACAUAAUACAGGCAGGAGACAGUUGUAGAGACAAGUACCAUGGCCGCAUUCUAACCCAACUAGGCGCUUUCAGGAAGCAGUUACAGUUAGACCAACUGAGAUUGGAAGAAAAGGUCAAGAUUGUGAGAACACAGUCUGAUGCUUAAAAGCAAAAUAAAUUGUUGUUUGUUAUGGAAUGCUUUAUUUAUCUUGCACAAAAAAAGUUUAAGACCAAAGAAAAAUCCUUUAGUAUGCACUAUAAGUACUGAUUUAGAAUUUAAAUAUGCCCCCUAAUGUAAAUGCUUCUACUUCUUUAUGACUGACAGUUGCAAGAUUUUUCAAAAGACAUAUUUAAAUAGGCCUACUGUUUUGUAUUUCUGGCUCCAUUCUUCCUAUUCCCAUCCUUAGUGAUAUGUUAUUUUAAAUGUGUUUAUGUGUGUUGUUAUAAAUGUAACUGUUAAUGCUGGUUGUUACGCUAAGGAUAUGAGAUUAUAUAAUUACUUGGAUAUUAUGACUGUGGAAAUUCUGGUCUGAAAUUAUUGGGCUUGAUUCUUUAAGAUUAUGUGUGAAUGGAAACAGACACAUUGCAUGCAGGUACUUCACUAAUUGUAGUUGUAGAUAAGUAUAGCUCUUGCCUUCAUUGUAUAUGAAAACUAUUACAGUAGUCAACGUGAAAGUCAUUUUUUCUUUGUGUUAUUGCAGUCUUCACACUGUAUCUGCAUAUUGAUGUGAUAUUGUCUGCUGAUAGGUGUUCUCUGCUGAUUUUUGAAGAGACACUUGGCAAUGUUUUGCAUCAGGGAAAACUUUUUACUGAAAUUAGUAAAAACUGACAAGGGGCUAAUUAAGUGCAUAGAAUAGUUUUAAAGUGAAUCACCAUCAUUAACAGCAAGGAGUGAUGAUAAAAUUCGGAGUAUUAUAAGUUAUACCUUGAUCAUGACUUUUUAUCAGUUCAGCCAUACAACUGUGGUGCAGGAAUAUUGAAGGAAAUAAGUCUUCUGCACUAUGUUUGUGAGCUCAUAGUAGUGCCCCAACCUUUCAUUCAGGAUAUCUGCCUUUUCUGUGGAGGAUGUGAAGUGACAGAAAUUGUGUUUUGUCAUUGUUCUCCUCAUACCUAUGUAGUUACUUUGAGUAUGCUGUCAUUGUGACCUGCCUUCCACCCUUUUCCACAUUUCUCUUCCUUUUUGCCGUAUUUCAAAGAAGCUGAAUGACAUGGUAUAGUGAUUUAUAUCUGUUGUUAGUGUUCCAGAUAUAAAUGAUAUAAAUUUUCUGUCGUUUCCCCAGAUUGCAUAAAUAAAUGACAGCAUGGGUCCUUUGAAAAGGACAUGGCCAAUAUCCUUUCUUAAUAAGAGUUUCUGCUCCAUCUCUUCCUCUGUCUUCCUUUCCUUCAAAGAAAGACAAUUUGAUCCCUAAAUUCAAUGUAUCUCAGCUCUACAGUGAUUCCUUAAUUUAAUUUGAGGUCCAGGAUUUUAAUUAUUUAUGUUGAAAUCAUUUAACAGUAUCAGAAAAGUCUCUCUGGGUUUGUGAAUGAUAUAAUGUAGGUUUGUAAUGUAAGUGAAACAUUUUGUGCUGAAAUUCAUUUAAGAAUUCAUUCUGUUAGAAACAUGUACAUAUUGCUGUGAACAUUUUCUGUCAAGUGUUUGAAAAAUUUAAAAAUAUGGACAUGCAGUGAAAAUAUAAAUAUGAAGCCACAUGUCAUUUCUGUACAGGAUGUAAGGUGAUGGACAUUGUUUUGUCAGUGUUGUUCUCCUCAUACCUAUGAAGUUACUUUACGUAUGACAAUGUUGUGUCCUAUCUUCCAGUUUGCUACCAUUUCUCACAUUUCUGUUUCUGGUUUGUAUCUUUGAAAAAACUUCGCUGGUGAACUGAGGUAUUAUGCUGUGAAAACACACUGGUUUUUUUAUACCUGUUUUCUGGAAAGAUUGGUGUACACCUACCACUUUCUUCCAUUUGUAAUAUUUUUUGUGCAUUGGAUUUACUUCAGUCAUCUCAUAAAUAAUUGCUAGGCACUAUGUGUUCUUUGCCAAUUCCUUCAUAUUUUCAAACACUAGUGUUACAGUUUUAGUACAUAUGUGUAUUUGUGGAAAGCUGUGGUGUCCUUACAACAAGAGUUUGUACCUUACCAUUUUUCAUCGUUUUGUAUAUGUAAUAUUUAUUAGCUAUAAAUGAAAUAUAUUUAUUUGACUGUAAGUAUCCCCCUAUUAUUUUAAAUAUGAUGUGUUCUUCCAAACAAGUCCAUUCUCUCUCUCUCUCUCUCUCUCUCUCUCUCUCUCUCUCUCUCUCUCUCUCUCUGUGUGUGUGUGUGUGUGUGUGUGUGUGUGUGUGUGUGUGUGUGUGUGUGUGUGUGUGUGUGUGUGGUAAAGUUGUUGUAUGUGUAUUUUUAAUUUUUAUUUACAUCCUGUUGAUUGUAAUCUUGUACCUGGAGGAAGAGUAAUGCAGACAAAUGAGUUACAUGUUAUGUCACAUAUUUUAUGUAUGGUAAGAGAUUUCGAGACACAGAAUCAUCUGUGUUCACAGUUGUACCAUUUUAUUUUCAGACAGUUCCUUGCAUUUUUAAGGCCUUCAAAUGCUCUGCUUGACACUGUGUCUUUUGUGUAUUUAAAGUCAGUAUUUGUGGUAGAUAUCCCUAAAAGAUAAUACUUCUGUUAGUAUCCAAUUUUUACAAAAGGAAUAAAUUUCUGUAUCCAUUGCCUUCUAUUGAGAAACUUGAUGUUUCUGCUGGAGAUAGGGUUGUAUUGAUCCCCAUGUGGACUCGUAGCAUUGUAUCUGCUUACUUAACAUUGCAACUAGAACUCUGACACAGUGAUGACAACCAACUCGAUUUGUUCACUGAUGUUCCUUUCUGUAGAACAGAAAAGAAGCUGUCACACAUACACAUAUCAGCUGUACACAAAGCAAAAAAAUACAAACAAUGUUUGUGCAAAGCAAUACUGUUUAAUGUAACAGACUUUGUCUGAUAAUAAAAGCUAACAUUCAUAGGUUCUGAAAACGCCUAGCCCACCUUGUCACAGACAAAACUUUAGAGAACCUGACUGAAAGACCUGAAAAGUUAUCCUAAGACUAGCACAACGUUGUAGAUAAAAUUUAAUAAUUAUUGGAUCACUUUUUUUUUCCCCUCCCCUUGGGAAGCGUUCAAGAAAUUUAUGGAUAAAACUGAUAAGAGUUUACCAAAUAAGGUUUUCCAAAGCAAACCUCCUGCAAAUGAAGGACAAGUCUGUGAGUGGGGAGGACAGUGACUAAAUAUAUGGAAUAUUUGUAGAGGGCUGUGAACAAAAAAACAGUUUACACAUUUCAUGAAAUUAAUUUAGUAAUGUCGUAGCAAAGCAAGAAAUAUUACACAAGUUGUCCUCAUCACAGAAUGCUGUGACCUCACGAACCAGGUGUGUCUAUCCACGACGGCUUCCAACUUCUCUUUGAGCUUGCUGAGAUCUGCUUGAUUUGAUCUGUUCACUUGCUCGCUGCCUUUUCCCUUGGUGUGUUGCCCUCAAUCUUAUUAUCCAUGAUUAUUUUUUCUAGAUUUUCUCCAUCUCUUCUCAUAAUGUUGUUAAAGAACUGGAGGUUUAGUUGGUUAAUGUGAGAAGAAAGGCACAUAGAGAUACUGAGUUGCUCAGUAAUGGGCACUUUCAUUUUUCUUCCAGUCAAUUUUAUGCACAACUUCCUGCAUCAGCAGUAAAGUUCAAACGCAUCAAUAUGCCGCUUGUCUUUUGUCUUGAGGAUUUAUAUUUAACAAGUGUUGCAAGAAGCCAGACCUCUGUGGUAUUUAUCAUCACACUUUUCUGCCAGAUCUUACUGAGCAACUUCAUAGCCACUCAACCUAGCAUGAUCUGACGUCUUGUCUUCACAGCUUUGCACAUCACUGAUAGUUGACCCGAGAUAGAUGAAAGAAUGCACAACUUCACGUUCCUUUAAUUCCAUGAUUUCCAGUUCCUUUAACUGACCUUUGAGUUGGACCAGUGCUAUUGGUGCAAUUAUCAUUAGUUUGGAUUUGCUGAGAUUGAUAUCUAUAGACUAAUGUCCUUUACUUUUGUGAGUAACUCAGCAAGUUUAUCCUCAUUACUGGUUAAAAGUAUGGUGUCACCAGCAGAACAGAGGUUUAGUCCAACCACCAAGAGGAUUCCUAAUGAUAUCUUAUGUGUAUUGUAUGGUCGUGGGCGUAGGACACAACCCUGUCUUACACCAUUUGAUACGCUGAAGAAAUCAGACAUGCCAUCCCUUGUCUUCAUAGCUUCAUGGUUAUUAGUGUAUAGACUUCUGAUCAGUGGUGUCAAAUCUGGUGGAGACUGAACUCUGCAGGCACCUGCCACAACUUUUCCCAGGCAAUACAAUCAGAGGCUUUCGUAGAAUUAAGGAACCAGAUGAAUACAGGAACACAGAACUAUUGCAAUUACUCGAUUAUGUAUUAUACAUGAGAAUCUGUACAUCAGUGUCUUUUACUUCAACAAAACUCGCUUGUUCUGUAUAUAUGAGAGAUUGAAUCCACAGCUUCAAGUGCAAAAUUUUGGGUGCUUGGAAUGUGAGAGCAAUGGUUCAGUAGUUGGAGCAGUUCUUGAUUGACCAUUUCCUGUGUAGGGGGAUGUGGUGAAAGACUUCGCCCAGUCUUCUGGCCGCUCCCCAGUUUCUCAUAUGCUUGUACGCGAGGAAUGCAGCACAUCGAUAUCUUCCUGCCCCAUUUUUUUUUUUUAUUUUGUCCCCAGAUAUACUGUUCUGUACCAGGGGAUUUAGUUCUUCAGAAGUUGAAAUGUUUAUUAACAUGAUCAUGAUCUUGUACAAUUUCUAGCCACUAGUAAGGUCUCCUUUAAACACAAGCCUCUCCAUGUACUCUGGUAUUCUCCUCUCUCCAAAUGCUUUAUUCGACUCCUGUAGCAACUUGUUUCUUGGUCUCUCUCUUGCUCUCUUGGCUUCCAUCUGCAUCUCACGCAUCUUACUAGACAUCAUCGCCUCGUCCAUUCUUUUCACAUGCACUUAUGAUUUAAAUCUUUUUUCCUCACUAUUAUCCUGCGAAGGUUCUUCGUAUGUUAUCUCCCUAGCCCAACCAUUUCUUUCCUAAAUCAUAUACAAAACACUUUUUAACACCUAUCUGACUUCUCAGUAAUUUCAUUUCAUUUGCUUGCUUGUUAAUUUUUCCUGUUGCCAUCACGACCUGGUUUUUCCAGUAUACAUCAGAAUUCGUAUGUAACAUGUUUCACAACAAUAUUGAAAUGUUAAAUUCCUACUCAUCACAUAGAGGUGAUGUUGAUUCAUAGACAGGCUUAAUGAAAAAGGAUGCUAGAAAUAUUCUGCUAUUGGACUAAGUCCUUCAUCGGAUAUAGAAAACUUGCACACAUUCAUUAAAGCACAACUCAAACACAUACGGUACCUGUAGUCUCCAGGUGCUAAGGCCUUAGCACCAAAGAGAAGAUGUGGCCAGAUGUAAGAGUUGUGUUUGUGUGAAUGUGUGUGAGUUUUCUAUGUCGGAAGUGGAACUUAGUCUGAGAGCUGAAUAUUUCUAACAUUAUUCUUCAUUGUGACUCAGUGCUUCCUCCUGUGUCACGAGUAGCGGUAUGUGCUUUCUGUAUUGUUAUUAUUCCAUUCUGAAUCUUUAUGUCGUUCCUCUCACACUCCUAAAGCUAUCAACUGGCCUCUCACAUUAUCUCUUUGUCAUUUCUUCCAUUUUGGAAAGUGCUGAAAAAUUGUUGUUGCUUGUUUAUAAACUGUCAAAAAUUUAUAUGUAGAUUGUGUAACUUGUCCACAGAUGAAUGAAAUAGUCCAGUAGAUUCAACAUAUAUUUCCAGUUUGUAUGUCUGACCUGUUACAUAACUUUUGUCAUGUAAAUACUUUAAUGACAAUACAUCUGUACAGUAGGUGUGUAAAACACCACAUCCUGCCUUCAUAUAACUCCCUUAUGUACUUUAUUGUAUUGCUAAUUGCCUCCAUCCUGUCCAGUCUGUGGGAAUUUGUGUUCUGUGGAUGGCCGUGAUAUAACUUUAAUUAAUGAAUGAUAUUAACAACUAAUAUUUAUUUGUACAAAAUACUUCUGAGGAAUCACAUCUUCUACAGCAGCUCCCUCUUUAUUACAGAAGUUACAAUUUUUUUGCAUUAUUAACAGCUGAUAUAAGUUUAUUCAUAUCAAAGCUAUGUUCAUGCUACAGAAAUCAUGCAAAUUAAAUUUUUCUGUCGAUAAGUUGUUGGUUGCUGUUUAACGUUGUUUUGAAUAGUCCUCUUCGGAAGCUUUUUUCUAUGCUUCCAUCCACCCCCAGUUUUACAGUAAUCUAUCCAGUCCACAGUCUUGGUGAAUUCUUAUUUAUUAUUGUUACUUAAUAGAGUACAUUUCAGCAUCACAGUUUUAACAUGAAAAUUAAUCUCAGUUAAUGUAUAUGAUGAAAAAGAAGUUGUUUCUUAUUUUUUGCACAUAUUGUAAGUGGUUCUGAUCUAUCUAAUAGUGCAUGUAACGUCAUAAAAAGAGACCCCCCUCUCAAAUAUCCUGCCCAUAUCUCAUCAAGAACAAAUGACAUGGGUAACUACAGUACAUCGAUUUAUUCUGUUGUGACAGUAAAGAGUAGUAAAUCCAAAGUCAUGUGCAUGUUGACACGAAGCCACAAAGAGCAUCUGUGUACAAACUGCUGAAAUAGUGGCAGUUGUAUCUUAGUUAGUACUACAGAUACAGAAACAGGAAAUUGUAUUUUAAGCUUUUGCACCCUUAUAAACACAUGUGCCGAGCUACUGCAAAAGCCAAGAAAAUAUCCUGGAACGGGGGAGAGAACGGGUGCCAGAUGCUGAUGAAGUAAUUAAGUGUAACUGCAAGACUGAAAUUUCCUGUCUCUUCUCACACCAACAGAAAUGGUCUCUGGGUCUCGAUCACAUACUUGUUUCUCAUCCUCUGUCCUAUCUUACACUGCAUAAGUGCCUUGGCUCUUUCAUCCUCUUGAGGUCACUAUUUCACAGUUUUCUUUCUUCUUUCCUUCUUCUUCUUCUCCUCCUCCUCCUCCUCCUCCUCCUUCUUCCCUGUAUCAUUAUUAUGAAAUUACAUUUCAGUCUUACAGCUUUCUUUUGCCUUGCUCAAUUAUUAUAUCAUAAUUUACUUCUCUGUGCUCCUCUUGCACCACAACGUUUUUUUGUUUGCAUAAGAUCUUCAGUUUUGAGUUUUGAUCUGUUAAUUAAUUUUAGCUAUUGAUUAUGCCCUGAAAUUGCAGUAUCAUCUUGUACAACUCAUUCAUUGUUACUGUUAUGCCUUAACUGUAAGUCUCUUGAUAUGAGAAUUUAUGGGUGGGAUUUGCUCUUUUGACUUACUACGUAAUGUUGUAUAGAUGUAGGCAGUACAUUUUCUGUACAGCUAUCUAUCUGAUGUCAUCUAGUUACCAGAUCACUUGAAAAUUAUAUUUAGUUAUGUGGUAAUUAGAAAUUUUCACAUGCAGUGAGUAAUUGUUGGUGCUAAUCGUGCCUAGAAUCUAUAUUCUUCAUAAACUAAAUCUGAUGGUGCUUUAUAUUUGCUAAUUAACAUUUUUAUAGUCUUUAAGCAUUGUUGUGUUACGUAAAAUAGAAAAGUUCAAUGUAAAGCACUCUCUCUUUCGUGGCUCGAAAUAAAACCUAUUUUAAUUGAACUAAGAAAGUAUAUCAGAAAUUAAAGAUUAAUUUGUUUAGAGCUGUUCAGACAUAAUUAUUGUAAACAGUAUUUUAAGUCAUGUGUGAAAUAUUUUUGUAUGAAAUAUUAUCCACAAUUAAAAUUAUUUUCAUAAAUAAUGCAUUUAGCUGGACAUAUGAUCUGUAAAUUUAAACCAUUUAUGAAGAGCAGAAUGUUUAAAUCGCUUGCUUUGUUAUUUUCUUGUUCUCAAUAGAAACUUAAUAAAGCAGCAGAAUAUUUACUAAA